AUGGCCCGUGAGUUCUGCAGCACGUUACGGGCAUUGCCCAUUCGUUCGCCCGGCGACCAUUCGUACACCUUGCGCGCUCUGCCACACAUUGCAAAUGCUCAUGAAUGGCUUCUGCUACCGCCCUUCUCCCCCUCACUUCAUCUGCUGGCAGCAUGCGUGCUGGCGCUGCUGGCAGCAGCAGUGGCCAACGCAGGGGGCGUGGGGGGAGGCGGUCUCUUCGUGCCGCUUUUCAACCUGCUGCUAGGAUACGACGCCAAGUCCGCCACUGCCCUCUCCAAAGCCAUCAUCAACCCUCUUCGUUCAACCCCGUCACCCCUCCCUAUACCCCUGUCCCUCCCCUCUCUCCACCCCCCCGGCCCCAUCUAUCCCCCACCCUCCCUCUCCCCACCCAACCUCCCAAUCCCCCUCCGCAUGUUCGCUAUUCCCCAUCUCCUCCCACUCCCCACCUCCUCCCAAUACACCCCCAAUACCCAUCUCCUCCCAAUACCCAUUUCCUCCAAUACCCUUUUUCUGGCAGCCAUGAUCAUGGGCGGAGCGAUCGCAAGUGCAUGCUUCAACCUGCCCUUGCAGCAUCCCUUCCAUCCCCACCUCCCCCUCAUUGACUUCCGCAUGGCAGGGAAGGCGGCGCAGAGGGCAGUGGCAAUGAUGGUGACAGAGGCGCACAUGGCAGCAGUGUGCCUGCACGGCUCAUACGGCGCGCACCACACCACACCCCUCUCUCUCACCAUUCCCUGGCUGGUGCGCUCUGCCUGUAGCUACACAGUCGUUCUGGUGGCCUGUGCUGGUAAGAGCAGCGUGCGCAUCUCAGCACCUAAGAACCAACAACCUGGUGGUUGCUGUGUGCAUGCAGGCACAUGCUGCUGCCAUGCUGCGUGUGAGGAGGGGUACCCAGGGAGUGCUGAUUACGGAGGUGUGGAGUCCGAAACGGGCAAGGGCAAGCGCCACCGCACAUGGUCUGCAGGGCAUGUCUUGAAACCCUUUGUUUUCCGCUUUGCCUGUGGCGCCACCGCACGCCUGUCGGCCUGUGAUGUGGAGUGUGUGUGGGAGAUGGUAGCGGUGUGGUCUGCCUUUGUGGCGCUGCAAGUGGCCAAGACUCGCGUCGCUGCAUGCUCCGCUGUGUACUGGCUGCUAGACUUGCUCCAGCUUCCAGUCGCCCUGGUAGCCACAGCAGCAGUUUCUGCACGGAGGGACUUCGCCCCUUCCCUUCCUCACUCCCACUCCCACUGCCACCAGCAUCAUAGCACCCCUCCCUUACACACAACCUAUGCCCAUGAGCACCACCAACCCACUCCCACCUCCUGCUCCCCUUGCCAACCCUCCACAAACGCACCCACUCCCUCCCCUGCCUCCUCCCCCGUUUCUCCACUCCUCGCAUCCCUCUCAACCCCUGGAUACUCCACCUUCCAUUCCCCACCGCCAUAUCCUCCUCACAUGCAAGCCGCCUGGAGCCAUGGCAGCAGCAUCGCCCACACCGCUUACACCCACACUCGCAGCAACAGCAGCGGCAGCAGCAGCAGCGUGUGGGGGGCAGGGGCCGGAGCGUGGGGGAGGGAGGUCUGGGUGUAUCCGCUGUCAGCGCUGCUCGCAGGGUGCAUGGGAGGCCUGCUGGGAGUGGGUGGAGGCAUGGUCAUGGGACCCGUGCUGCUGGAACUAGGCAUGCUGCCGCAGGUUUCCUCUGCUACAUCCUCAUUCAUAGUGCUCUUCUCCUCCUCCCUCUCAGUCCUCGAGUUCUACCUACUCGGUCGCAUCCCCAUCCCACCGGCGCUCCUCUUCUCUCUCAUAGCAGCGCUAGCAGCCCUGCUAGGCCUGUCCACCAUCCGAGCCCUGGUGGUGCGCUCCGGCCGCACGUCUCUCAUCGUGCUCUUCCUCUCGCUUGUGAUAGCAGCCAGUGCCGUGCUGCUAGGGGCGCUAGGGGUCAUGAGGAUACGCAGCGACUGGGAGUCGGGUGCACCGAUGGGCUUCAGAGCGUUCUGUGGUGAAACCUGGUGA